UAACAUCGAUAUCAAGCAAUGCUUCCUCGUUGUGAACGUGUGUUUUGAGCCUGUGAUCACACGUUAACAUUCUUUUAUUGCGUGUUUCAAUUUAUAAUUGCUGCAGGAGGCACUGCCAAUAAUGAGUGAGGAGAAAGAAACCAAAGAAGAGGCCGCACAGGAAUUCCGGAUUGACCCGGAGUCUGAGCUCCGCUUUGAAGUAGAGGGAAAAGAGAAGGUCACCGUUGAGCUGAAGUCUGGCCUCGCUGAAAUAUUUGGUGUCGAGCUGGUGAAAAAUAAGAAGUUUACAUUUGGACCUGGAGCCAAAGUUGCAGUGUUCACGUGGCAUGGAUGCACGCUGGAGCUCUCUGGAAAGACAGAAGUUGCCUAUGUAGCUAAGGAAACACCGAUGAUAUUCUAUGCCAAUAUCCACGCAGUACUUGAGCAAAUGCGACAAAAGUGUGAAGAAGAUGAUUCCAAGGGACCCACAGUAUUGGUUGUUGGACCCACAGAUGUCGGCAAGAGCAGUCUCUGUCGAAUACUCCUAAAUUAUGCAGUUCGUCAAAGUCGACGGCCAAUCUUUGUGGACCUUGAUGUCGGGCAGGUAUGUGCUGGCAGAAUACAUUCUUAUACCAGGUGUUUAAGUGAAGACAUGGCCACAUAUCUAUACCUGGAACAAUUGGUAUGUGUGACUGCGGCAAUUUUGGUGGAAAGACCAGCAGAUGUUGAAGAAGGCUUUUCUCAGCAGGCCCCCCUCGUCUAUCAUUAUGGCCAUAGUACUCCAGGGACCAAUGCCACACUGUACAAUGUUCUUGUUUCUCGACUUGCGGAGGUCAUCAGCCAGCGUGCUGAGAGCAACAAGAAAGCUAGCGUCAGUGGCAUCAUCAUUAACACCUGUGGUUGGGUGAAAGGAGCUGGCUACAAGGCUAUUACUCACGCUGCUCUUGCUUUUGAAGUGGAUGUUGUCCUAGUGCUGGAUCAGGAGCGGCUGUACAACGAACUAGUCAGAGAUAUGCCAGGUUUCGUCAAAGUGGUGUUCACACCAAAGUCUGGAGGUGUUGUAGAGCGCAGCAAGUCCAUGAGAUCAGAAUCCAGAGAUUCGAGGGUGAGAGAGUACUUCUAUGGCUUCAGGACACCUCUGUAUCCACACUCUUUCGAUAUCAAAUUUUCUGACAUCAAACUGUACAAGAUAGGUGCACCAUCUUUACCUGACUCCUGCAUGCCACUAGGCAUGAAGGCUGAGGACAACUUCACAAAGCUAGUACCUGUUCCACUGGGACCAAAUGUGCUGCACCACAUACUGAGCCUCAGCUUUGCAACUAGCAGUGAUGAGGAUAUUCUACAGACUAAUGUGGCUGGCUUUAUCUGUGUAACGGAAGUGGACAUGGAGCGGCAAACACUGACAGUACUCUCACCACAACCAAGGCCUCUGCCAAAGGGAGUGUUGCUCUUGAGUGAAAUUCAGUUCAUGGAUUCACACUGAUUAAUUCACUCUGCUUUGUUGAUUGAUUACACAACUCACCUUUUAAAUAAAUCAUCCCAUCAUUGUUCUCA